UAUAUGUGUUUAAAUAAAAUAAUUUAAACUUGAUGGAAUGAAAUCGACACAUGCAUUUAAUGUCCAUACAAUAGGCUCAAUGAUCCGUGAAAGUAUCACUCUUCAAACCAUCGAGUUUAAAUAGCUAAAUAAAAACAACGUAAAGUACAUUCUUAAAAUCUCCAUAUACCAUGGGCAUUAAGUCCGGCCAUCUCAACAAACCAAACACAACCUCAUCGCCUAAACAAACAUUUGAUACCCACCACCGAAUAAAUCGUCUUUCUCUGUUCAUUUACAUGCACUUCUACCACAAUAGGAAAUGCUUUUCAGAAUCUCUCAGCUGUUUCGGAGAGUGUUUUCAACUCGGCGAUUUUAAAAAUGGCUUUGUUAUUUGAUCGGCUGGUUUUGAAAUAUCGACGAAAACAGUCCAUUACGAAAUCAAAAUCUGUUUACCAACCAUAAGAUGAAAGACAUGGAGGGGUGCUUUUGAUGAUGCGUGAAUUUUGUAGAAAUAAUAAGGAAAAGCUCAUCUCCGGCAUGUUGUCUGGGAGUCUGCUGACAGGGGAUAUGAUCAUUACAAUAAUCGCCAACACCGGACUGUCGGAGCCCGUAUUUCCAGACGCGGCAUCUUCCGGUCACGUGUUCAUUUUUCCAGUCGUGGUGUUUGCGAUCUCUGGAUUUUUAGGCGUGAUUCUAUCAAUCUACAGAGACACAAUGAAAUGGCUGUUGAACAUCCACGCCGCCUUCCUUAGCCUCACCAUUCUAAUUUCGACGACGUCAUUCAUGGCCAUUGCAAACAAUGUGAAGACAUUUGAUGUUUCGAACUGUUUAUCCAAUGGCACAGUGUGUGACUGCAGGGACGGGACGGAAAUAAACAUGGACUGCGACACACUCCUUCAGGUCCACGUCAAUAUCUUCAUCGUCAUUGUGACGUAUCUUAGCUGUAUUCUCUUGUGUCUGGUUGAAACCGUAUGGGACGUAAAGCGCAUGUGUUGUAGUGACGAGAUUGAGGACAUACCCGGUGUUUUGUUCGACUAUGACAACACAGCCAACGGAAAUGGCAAGAAGACAUUGGGAAAACUGUUUACACUGUCGGGUAGCACUGGAAUAGAACAACACACACCAGAUAAGAUUACCAAAGAUGUCGACAACACGACGACUGAGGACUCAGUGAUAUGAGAGGUUGUAAUGGCCGUGCCAGGAUAUCGAAAGUACGACGCUGGUCUCCCUUCGGAUCGCUGUCUUCGACAAUCAAUACCAGUCAGAGGAAAUUCGGACCGAUAGUUAAUUUCAAGGAUAUUUCAAUAUUGCCAAAGUACUUGCCAGAAGUGUUCAUGAUUCAGCACUAAUGCUGUUAUUACAUUACUAGGAUUUUGUUCACAGUAAUUGUGUAGUUACUGACGUCUUCAUUGUUUUCAUAACAUUUGUAUUUCCGUAUACAGUAAAACACAGAAAAAGCGAACACGCUUCUAAUGAAUUUACUCUUACAGUGAUUUUUGUUCCCUGUAGUUUUAAAACAUAUCAUGAACUUAUUGGGUAUAACGAUAUACGUUUAUUUCGAAUUGAAACUAUCCAUCCCCCAACACUUCGGUAUAAGCGUGUCUUACUGUAUACGGUAAUUUUGAUCGUGGGGAAAAUCUAAAUUGAAAUGAUAUGACGAUUUAAUUUAUGAUAUAAUUUCUAUCUAUUUUGUACGAUUCUAUAUAUAUCUAGUCCUCAUUAUUUCUGACGAUGUAUUUUGUACGCUUGGCGAACCUUGCUAUUUCGUAUGGUGUUUGUAUAAAGUAAAGCAUAUUAUUGCAUGGGUCUUCUUUAAAGUAUGGUCAUACAUUCGUUUCUGAUAUACAAUGAAAUUUCUAAAUUUAGAA